GGAUUGUGGAGGGCGGAAACAGCCAAUAGGAAUUUCCAUCGUAAAAGUUCUGCCGAUGGAUACAAAAUGAAUUUAUCCAGAUCUGCUGAGUUGUGAUUUCAUUUUACCGAAAACCGCAUAACCAUGGACACAUAUUUAAAGAGACGAAGUUGUAGAUGAUGCCUUCCAUUUUUUUUCACUUGCUAUCCAUUGCUCCUGUUUGCUUGUCCAUGAUCACCUCAAAAGAAAACGAUUAUUCCAAUAUUUCAAAUUAUUUACGGAGAAAGAAGCUCCAAUAUGAGCUGCUGACAGCUGUCUAUGUGAUGGAACCCUGGGAGCAGCUGGUCUUCAAUACUAUCAUGGCCAUCGUUGUUUUUCUUACCGUCAAGGCUGCUUUGCAAUUGAUGCCUGCAGUGGUUAACCAAACCGCAGCUGCUUUCUUUUGACAGGCUUCAUGCCUUGGAUAUUCUCGUUGUUCCUUUUAUUUAUUAUUGCCUCU